CAACGCAACGACCGGAAGAUUGCAAGAUGCACCGCGCCGCAAUGUACGGCACGUACGCUCUCGAGGUGCACGGCCAGGCGCUGCGCCGCCACCGCGUCUUUCUCUGCAUCGCCAUCGCAGCGCUCUACUCACUGGCCAUGGUUGUCCGCAUGGACCAGACGCUGCGCGUCACGUCGCUCGACGUGAGCGCCGGACCGUUUGGCUGCCUGCCCGUGCCGUCGCUCUCGGUGGCUGCCUGCCCCGCGCAGUCCGUCAUCACCGUCGGUCAGAGCGUCAUCAGCCGAUCGAUGUACCCUGGCACGACCGUCGCGCUGUGCUACACCAACACGACGAUUGAGCUCACGUUCAGUGCGAUGCAGCAAGAUGCCUUCUUCGUCAAGCCCACGUAUGGCCACAACGACAACAUUUGGGAGUACAACGUCAUGGAGAUGUUCCUUGCGCUUGGCGACGACGACCCAACGAGCUACUUUGAGUUUGAGGUCUCGCCGACCAACCAGACGUACAGCGCGUUCAUCUUGAAUCCGCGCAGAGAUUUUAGCCCGCCCGUGGGCCACUUUUACGUCGGAAAAGACGAAGCCGAGGCACGGGCACUCGGCAUCACGGCGACCACCAGUAUGGACGAGACCAGCCAGACGUGGACAUCCAACGCGUCGCUGCCCCUCAAUCUCUUCAACGUGGUCAACCCAAAAGGCUCCGUAUGGCGCAUGAACUUCUUGCGCAAGAUCACGUCGCCGACAACGUUCCCGCAGCUUGCGUGCGGCGCCUGGAACGCGCCCAACCAAGACAACUUUCACCUGACGUCGUGCUUUGGCCGCGUUCACUUUGAGUGAAUCCAACUCAUUUCGACUAACUUUGAGCAAUCCGCUACUCUUGUGGGUCGGGCCAACUAAGGCUCGAGACCUCUCAUCAACGAGAUGAAAUAGCCGACGACGGUGG